AUGCUCACCCCCGGCCUCACCAACGCCCCGAUCACCAAGCUCCUCCUCAUCUACACCAUCGCCGCCUCCGUCGUCCUCUCCAUCCUCGACCUCAAGCACCUGUCCAGCAUCCAUGUCUCCCCACACCUCAGCCCGUACGGGCAGUACUGGCGCAUGCUGAUCUGGCAGGUUGCGGGAUUCGCCAACUCCACGGAGGCCUUGUUCGCCGCCAUGAUCGUCUACCAUUGUCGGGUCGUGGAGCGCGCCUGGGGAAAGAGCAAGACCGCGACAUUCCUCCUCUCCACCCUCCCCUACACCACUCUCCUCCCGCCCAUCCUCCUGGCUCUCCUCGUGCGCCCUCUCUCCCUCAACACGAUCGGCUAUCUCCCCUCCGGCCCGACCGCCUCGCUCUUCGCCCUGUUGGCGCAAUACCACGCCUCGAUCCCGCACACCGUCCGAUACCGCAUCUCCACCUCGACAUCUUCCUCUGACUCCGCCUCUGCCGCCGAGUCGUCAACGGCCAGCAAAUCGCUCACCUUGCUCCUCUCCGACAAGUCCACGACCUACCUGAUCGCCGCGCAGUUAGCGCUAUCGCAGUUCCCCGGGAUGUUGUUGCCGGCGGUGCUAGGUUGGGGCGUGGGAUUGGCGUGGCGCAUGGAGUUCCUGCCCGGGUUGUCGGCGGGCAGCGCGUGGCGGGUCCCAGCGUGGAUGGUGGGCGAGCGGGAGAGUCGACGUAUCCCGCGGAGGAGUGGACGCGGCGGAGGCGGCGAGUACGAGGAUCUGAGGCAGCGGUUGGAGGGCGAGGCGGCGGCCGCGGCUAGUGGUUCGUCGUCAGUGUCGGCGUCGGGAUCGGGGACGGCGCAGAGACAGCGGGUGAGGAUGGCGGAUGAGGAUUGA